AUGGGGUUUCCGUCUCUGAAGCUCAGAUCUAGUGCUCUGAAAUCAUCAUCACCAUUAUAUAACAGCGAUUUUUGUGGCCGUCGAGUGCUAGUGGGAAGAAUCGAAGCCGGGGCCAAUAUAGGAAAUAUUCGAUCGGCAUCUUCUAAUGCCCAGAUGGGCACUGGAAUCGGGAAAGCUCAGAGGUGGUGGGAGAAAGGGCUUCAACCAAACAUGAAAGAGGUGGCUGGCACCCAGGAUCUUGUUGACUCUCUUUUGAUUGCUGGAGAUAAACUGGUUAUUGUUGAUUUCUUCUCUCCUGGUUGUGGAGGCUGCAAAGCUCUUCAUCCCAAGAUAUGUCAAUUGGCGGAAAUGAACCCAGAUGUCCAGUUUCUUCAGGUGAAUUAUGAGGAGCAUAAAUCCAUGUGCUAUGCCCUUAACGUCCAUGUUCUUCCCUUCUUCCGUUUCUACAGAGGGGCUCAUGGCCGUCUUUGCAGCUUUAGCUGCACCAAUGCCACGAUCAAGAAAUUCAAGGAUGCAUUGUCAAAGCAUGGCACGGAUCGUUGCAGUAUGGGACCGCCAAAAGGGCUGGAAGAGAAAGAGCUGCUUGCACUCUCGGCCAACAAGGAUCUAUGCUUCCUCUACAAACCAAAACCAGAGCAACCAACUCCUGUUCCUGUUCAAGAAGAGAUCUUAGCAGAAGCAGCAGCACCGCCACCACCGUCAUCACAUCCACACUCAGAGCCCCUCCCCCUUCCCCUUCCCCUUCCCCUUCCCCUUCAACUUCCCCUGCCAUCAACAACUCCUAAAAAGGACACACAAGACACACAGGAGAAAACAUUGGUCUCCUCUGGAAGAUGAUUGAAUGAGAAGUGUUUUCAGUCGCCAACCCCUAUUUGCCUUUACCCAUUUCCUCUUGUACAGUAUGUUUUCUCAUGUGUAUAUGAAAGGAAUUAUGUAAAGAAUGCAGCGGAAUUUAAAAAUUUGUUUCCCGUUCUAAAAUCUAUUUAUGUUUAAUAUAAACCGAGAAAUUUUAGAUAUAUAGUAAAG